AUGAAGCACUUUUGGAAGAUAUUAUCUGUUAUCUCCCAGAGCACACUUUCAGUCAUUUUAAUCGUGGAAUUAGUAAUUGGAAUUAUAGGAAAUGGGUUCAUGGUCCUGGUCCACUGUAUGGACUGGGUUAAGAAAAAGAAAAUGUCCCUAGUUAAUCAAAUUCUUACUGCUUUGUCAAUCUCCAGAAUUUUUCAGCUCUGUUUAUUGUUUAUAAGUUUAGUAAUCAACUUUUCAUAUACAGAUUUAACUACAAGUUCAAGGAUGAUACAAGUCAUGUACAAUGCUUGGAUUUUAGCCAACCAUUUCAGCAUCUGGAUUGCUACAUGCCUCACUGUCCUUUAUUUUCUAAAGAUAGCCAAUUUUUCUAACUCUUUUUUUCUUUAUCUAAAGUGGAGAGUUGAAAAAGUAGUUUCAGUUACACUGUUGGUGUCAUUGCUCCUCCUGAUUUUAAAUAUUUUACUAACUAACUUGGAAACCGACAUGUGGACAAAUGAAUAUCAAAGAAACAUAUCAUGCAGCUUCAGUUCUCAUUACUAUGCAAAGUGUCACAGGCAGGUGUUAAGGCUUCACAUUAUUUUCCUGUCUGUCCCCGUUGUUUUGUCCCUGUCAACUUUUCUCCUGCUCAUCUUCUCCCUGUGGACACAUCACAAGAGGAUGCAGCAGCAUGUUCAGGGAGGCAGAGAUGCCAGAACCACGGCCCACUUCAAAGCCCUACAAACUGUGAUUGCAUUUUUCCUACUAUAUUCCAUUUUUAUUCUGUCUGUCUUAAUACAAAUUUGGAAAUAUGAAUUACUGAAGAAAAAUCUUUUCGUUGUAUUUUGUGAGGUUGUAUAUAUAGCUUUUCCGACAUUCCAUUCAUAUAUUCUGAUUGUAGGAGACAUGAAGCUGAGACAGGCCUGCCUGCCUCUCUGUAUUAUCGCAGCUGAAAUUCAGACUACACUAUGUAGAAAUUUUAGAUCACUAAAGUACUUUAGAUUAUGUUGUAUAUUCUAG